GGCAGGGCAGGGGGGAGGCGGCCGGCAGCCAGCCGGGCCGGGCCGGGCCGGCUCCCAUCCCGCCGCCGCCGCGCCAUGAUACACUUUAUACUGCUGUUCAGUCGGCAGGGGAAGUUAAGGCUUCAGAAAUGGUACACGACACUACCUGAGAAAGAGAAGAAGAAGAUCAUUCGAGAAAUUGUCCAGAUUGUUUUGUCUCGCAAUCAAAAAACAAGUAGUUUUGUUGACUGGAAAGACCUCAAGCUUGUUUACAAAAGGUAUGCUAGUUUGUAUUUCUGUUGUGCAAUAGAAGACCAAGAUAAUGAGCUCCUGACAUUGGAGGUCGUUCAUCGAUACGUAGAGCUGCUGGACAGAUACUUCGGAAAUGUGUGCGAGCUGGACAUUAUCUUCAAUUUUGAAAAAGCUUAUUUUAUUCUUGAUGAGUUUAUAAUUGGUGGAGAGGUGCAAGAAACUUCAAAGCGGUCUGCAGUGAAAGCCAUAGAAGACUCUGACAUGUUGCAGGAGACAGUGGAAGAGUACAUGAACAAGCCUGCAUUUUAAUGUUAAAAAUGACCUGGAGAGAGAACUGCUGUAUGCACCUGUAAAAUGCACUUCCUGAAACUGCUUCCCAGUGUGCCAGAUCCUCAGAUACCAAAAACCAAUAACUAGAGGGGUUUGUUUGUAUAAUGGUGAAGAUGGUCAGCUCAUGUAGCACAGGGUUUAACAAUUCUGUACUUGCAUUACUCUGCAUACGAGUUUCUCAGAGUUGUUAUUACCCUUAAUCUAGUUUCUCUUCUUGCUGGACUACACACUUGUUUUGUACCAUGUAUUUUAGCUACAGGUUUUGUCAUCAUAAAAUGUUAUUCUUACAGUACUUUGAAGAGGUAUUUUUACUAGUUUUGGUCCACUGCUGACCGUAUGACUCUACUUUUGUACAAAUGUCCAUUAUUUUGAAUGUAAUCAUUAUUCUGCUCUAAUAAUAAUUUGUUUUCUAAAAGCCAAA